UCACCUGUCGACUCUACUUUUACAGAUUUAGGUCAUUGGUCGACCUAAGAUAAGUAUUGACCACUCACAUUGAUUUUCUAAGGGGUUACGACAGAGCACGUCUACACAACUCAGACACAGGUUUUGAAGUUUUCCAAGCGACGCCUACCACUCCUACAACUAUGCCGGACAUGAAACGGUCGCUGACAAUUGAUGAGGUGCCAGACGUGCACAAGGAGCCGUAUGUUCUUACGGGAUACAGGCCCCCGCAGCAGCCAUGGCGUUUUUACCUGAUGAGUAUCUUCUCCCAGCACAACGAAACCGUGAACGUCUGGACCCACCUUCUGCCAUGUUUCUACGUGCUGUGGCUGCUGAAGACAUACUCUGACGAGGUAAGCUUCGCAAGUGACGUAUCUUCAACGCUUCUGCUUCUCUUCGGCACCAGCGUCUUCACUUCACAGUUCCUGAGCGCAUGCGCCCAUCUCCUACACUCUCGCUCUGUAGCUGCGUAUUACGUCACCUUUAUCUUUGACUAUCUGGGAAUCGCCUACCACUCAUACACCAGCGGGACCGUGCAAUACUUCCUCAGCAGCGAAGCUUCGUUUUUCCACGCCGUGCAUCCGUGGUAUCCGUGGGCAUGUGUGUUAUUCAGUUGUUGCUACUUUGCUGUCAAUGCGUACUCACACGUUAGGUACCGGAGAUGUCAUUCGGAAAGAGCUAUGAUUCAAGUUGUCUCCUUCGGUAUGACGUAUCUGUGGACAGUUUCACCAGUGAUACACCGCAUUUACUCUGAUGUCUACAACGGAACAGCGGACGACGUCACAUUGAUGCAUGUCAACCAUAUCCUCCUGGUCGCCAUAGCAGGCUUCUUCCACGGGUCAGGGGUGCCACAGAAGUUUUUCCCUGGAAUGUGUGACGUCAUUGGUCACGGCCAUCAGAUAUUUCACGUAGCAAGUUCAACAUCAAUAACACUCCAGCUAAAAGCAUCGUUCGCAGAUCUGCAGAACCGCCGCCAUCUUGAUUUGGCUCGAAUUCGUCCUACCGACAUGUCAAUCACAGCUUACCUUGUUGUGUUAUUUACUUCAUAUGGUUACAUCACUGUCAUAUUUGUGCGCAAAGCUUUGUCAAAGGCAAAUUAUAAAGAUAAAACAGAAAAAUUCCUCAAGUUAUUUUGUCCACCCGGGUUUUGUAAAACGUUCAUUGGUCGACCGAUGAUAAUCAUUGAUCACACUGGCUAUUCCGAGGAGUUACUACGACACAGCGCGUCUACACAACACGGUCACAGGUUUGAAGUUUUCCAAACGACGCCUACCACUCUUACAACUAUGUCUGGCAUGAAACGGUCGAUGACAAUUGAUGAGGUGCCAGACGUCCACAAGGAGCCGUAUGUUCUUACGGGAUACAGGCACCCGCAGCAGUCAUGGCGUUUUUACCUGAUGAGUAUCUUCUCCCAGCACAACGAAACCAUGAACGUCUGGACUCAUCUUAUCCCAUGUUUCUACGUGCUGUGGCUGCUAAAGACAUACUCUGACGAGGUAAGCUUCGCAAGUGACGUAUCUUCAACGCUUCUGCUUCUCUUCGGCACCAGCGUCUUCACUUCACAGUUCCUGAGCGCAUGCGCCCAUCUCCUACACUCUCGCUCUGUAGCUGCGUAUUACGUCACCUUUAUCUUUGACUAUCUAGGAAUCGCCUACCACUCAUACACCAGCGGGACCGUGCAAUACUUCCUCAGCAGCGAAGUUUCGUUUUUCCACGCCGUGCAUCCGUGGUAUCCGUGGGCAUGUGUGUUAUUCAGUUGUUGCUACUUUGCUGUCAAUGCGUACUCACACGUUAGGUACCGGAGAUGCCAUUCGGAAAGAGCUAUGAUUCAAGUUGUCUCCUUCGGUAUGACGUAUCUGUGGACAGUUUCACCAGUGAUACACCGCAUUUACUCUGAUGUCUACAACGGAACAGCGGAUGACGUCACAUGGAUGCAUGUCAACCAUAUCCUCCUGGUCGCCAUAGCAGGCUUCUUCCACGGGUCAGGGGUGCCACAGAAGUUUUUCCCUGGAAUGUGUGACGUCAUUGGUCACGGCCAUCAGAUAUUUCACGUAGCAAGUUCAACAUCAAUAACACUCCAGCUAAAAGCAUCGUUCGCAGAUCUGCAGAACCGCCGCCAUCUUGAUUUGGCUCGAAUUCGUCCUACCGACAUGUCAAUCACAGCUUACCUUGUUGUGUUAUUUACUUCAUAUGGUUACAUCACUGUCAUAUUUGUGCGCAAAGCUUUGUCAAAGGCAAAUUAUAGUUAAUAUAUGUAUAUAUUUUCAUUUGUGGAUUAAUAUAGAUUGGCAUCUUGUUUGUCUUUUGGGGGGGGGGGUGUUUUGUUGUUUUGUCUUAUUGUCCAUUAAUGUAGUCAACGUCUGAUUGUGGCAAAAAAACAACAACGGCAAAUGCGGUCAAAUGAGAUUUCAGUGCGCAUUCAUCUAUUUGAUUAUCCUAACACAAAAUUUUUAAGUAUACCUAUUUGCGAUACCAUUAAAGGCAUUUAUAUUUUACGGCGUACUUUUCCGUGGUUGCAUAUAUGCAAUUUUAUUUUAUUCCUACUAAUUUUGUUAUGCAAUUGGAUUUUAUUAUUUCAUUAGUUGUUUAGUUAGUCCGUUUGUCUUUUUCUUAAUCAUUCAUUUUUGUUUAUUCUAUGAACUUAAUUGAAGUGUUAUAAUUUGGCAAAGGGAGGUCCCUAUU